AUGCAAUGGGAGGAUAUUAUAAAGGCUGAGCGAGGUAGCCCAGCAGGGAUUCCCACGCGGCCAGCACUAAGUUGCAUCUGCAGCUCCAUGGAAGCCCUCGUUAAUUUGCCAUUGCCUGGUCUUCACAGUCAUUUGUGUUUUAACCUGCAGAGCGGAGACUUCUGCCGGAAAUUUUCAAGGGAUAAAUCCACAAAGGGAUAUUCCUACACCGCGCGCCCAGCGUUCUGGGGGCAUUACGGGGCUUUGAGCAUGGCUUGUUCUGUGGUGAGUACUCUGCUGCUGGGCUCAGAUACACCAUCUGCGGUUCCCUUUGUUGUGGGGUUGUAUACAAAGGAUAUAUCCCAUACACCAGGUGCUGUAGUGGCUUCCUCAGCCGUUGUCAAGCUCAAGACUGCGUCGUUUGCAGACUCACGGGCGGCCACAAUGCUUUUUACUGCCGCCUUGAGUGCGACCGUCCGUGAAUUCACAGCAAGAUUUAACCGGGAAGAUUGCGUUGUUUUAAAUCUGACUCGGAUAGGCAAAGAUCAAGGAGAAGACGUGUCCAGACUACUCGGAUCGGCUUCGUUUUUCAUGAUAGCAACGAUAACUGAAGCUGGUCUGGAUAGUCGUGAGGUUCUCGAACUGGUGCGUGCAUGGCAAGACCGAGUGCUUCAAACGAAUACGCGUCCAAUACCGAUUGCCAGACUUAUGCUGCUUCAGUGCUCUACCAAUAUGAUGUUGGAUGCCCUAAAAGCUGUGGUGGAUAAGAUAUUAGAGGGCUUUCCUUGCCCCGAGGAAGGAGCACCUAUGCAGCUUUAUGUUGAUUAUCUUCAGGCUGGGGUAAUAGAUAUCGAUCCUUUAUCUACAUCUUUUGUGGGUUACACCUUGAUUGAAUUAUCUUGGAGGUGA